CAAAGUAAAUGAUCUCUUCCGCAUGUGAAGUAGAGUUUUCAUACCGAAAUAGUGCACUGAAGGUAUCUGGCCUUCUAAUGGCAGCUAAAGACGAGCAAGAGUCAGACCAAUUGCAAAAAUCUGAUGUUGAAGAGGUCACACAGCAAACUGAGAUUGUUUUUCAAAGUUACUCCUUUCAUCGUCUGCAACUUGAAAGGGAUCAGAAUGAAUACUCUCCUGUCCUGGAUGAAGAAAUUGUGGAGCCCCAGCAGUCAGAAAGUGCAAACCUUAUCAGUGUUGGCCAGCAGUUAGCAAAGAUUGGUGAUGAUAUUAAUGAGCGUUAUCAAGAACAAUUUGAUAACAUUCUGAAGAAUCUGAACCCCAGUCUAGACAAUGCUUACUCAUACUUCAAGAAGAUAGCAUCCAGUCUGUUUGAGAAUGGAAUAAACUGGGGCCGUAUUUUGUCACUGCUUGGUUUUGGAUAUCGAAUGGCAGUUUAUGUUGUCAGGAAUGGGCAGCGAGGAUUUUUCAGAAUAAUAAAUCAGUGGAUGAUGACAUAUGUUAUGGAGAGCUGUGUUGCACAAUGGAUAUCAGACAGAGGAGGUUGGGCGGCAUUCUUCCAAUUAACAAAUUACAGUAUAAAAUAUGUCAUCGUGGCUCUCAGUGUGGCACUUACCCUGCAGUUUCUGCUUCAACGAUUGACCUGACCACCUGCUAUCUUAACAUCCAACUGCCAACACAGUUACUAGUUAAUUUAUUAACCCUGGGCAAAUUCAUACUUGGGCAUUAAACCAUGGCAACUUAUCAGAUUUUGAUUUUGUUAUUCUACCUGCAGCUGGUUGUAAAAAAAUAAGCACUGAUUGAUUGUUAUAGGUUACUGCACAAGUGUAGAUUUGCCCAAUGUUGAUAAAUAAGUCCUCUUGUCUUUUUGAAAGCAGACCAGGUUUCAUUUUUAAUUAGUAAACAGAGUUCAGAAUAAUCUUUGAGGCUUGAGGUUUUGUUCACUGCACGACAAAUGUAUUUAAUUCCUUGUCAACAUAUGGAUUAUGAAUUUUACCUGCCAUGUUUAACACAGUCUAUGUAAGGAUACUUGUGACAGACAUUUGAUCUGGACCAGCAGUGCUGACAUUUCUAGUGUUUUGUACUACAAACCACAUUUGCAGUUAUACUUGUAAAGAUAAUAUUAUGGUUUACACAACAUGUAAACUAAGUUACUCAGGUUCAUUUAAACCAAGUGCUUCCUUUACCUAUUGGGACUACAAAUUAAUUAUUGGCAGGGUUUCCCACCCGGGCCUCAGGUGACCAAUGGGUUAAUAAAUCGUGCCUCCAUUUGGCAGGAGGGCACUUCUCAAUUAAAAUAUUAGCUCUGCCUUAACCCCUCCAAGGAAAAGCAUCAUGAAUGAUUAAUUUCAAUUGUGCUUUUAAUGUCUUUAUCCUGCAGAUACUUUGCAUUAAAGUCAAACAAUACAUUUUCAUAAUAGUUGAUUUAGAAAAAUAAAAUCUGUUAAAAACAAUGGACCAACGCACAGUUUCCAAGAUUUGCUGUAUUUGUAUAAUGAAGUCCACAACUAAAGAAUGUAUCCAACUGAAAUGUGUGUUUCAUGAUUAUUGACACAAAUGGAAAAGGGAGGGUAAAAUUAACAGAGCAGUGAUUCUAGUCCCUUACCUGCUACACUGGACCGGUACAUCGUUUUUUAAAAAAACAGACGAGCUUGGAGUACUGUUUCAGUAUUGCUACUCUGCCUUGGUUAUGGUAUCCCAUGUAAGGGGGUGAAAACUCAUAUAACAAAUGAUCAUUUUCCAUAAGAUAACUAUAUAGGUCACAUUGCAAAAGUCAAUCAUUCCUAAGAAUUAUUAAACCUAGAAAUCUCUCUCUGCUUUAAAUGUAUUAUAAAUUUAGCAUGUCCACUAAACCACUAAAUCAUUCUACACAUCCGUGCCGUAUUUCAGUGUACGUCACUCACAAACCUAUACCAGCCUAGCUAUUAUCAUUAAAUAUUAUAUUAUGCACAUUUCCACGUGUCUGUUGAAAAAUCAGACCAUUACAUUUUAUAUAAUUUUUGGUCAAGAAAAAAAACGCUUUACACAACAAUAUAUCUUGUGUUAAAUCUGUGGCUAUAAAAGGCUAUUCUUAUAUCACUAUUACGCGUAUUAGUGAGUUGUGUUAACUUUGGGAAAGAUGUAUCAAAAUUUGAGCUUGAGUUUUUUUCUCAAUUUAAGAAAGAAUUCAAUAUUCUUUCAAUAGUCACUAUUUUGUGACAUUUUGAAUAGUCAGAGUUUUUAAAA